UUUCUCGUCCUCUUGUAACCUCAAAGCGCCUCUAUCUCUCUCCCUCUGGCAUCGAAACUUCUGCCGUCUGGACAUAAGUUUCAUAUUCUCCUUACUUGCCGGGCCGGGAAAUGAAGGUCCCGUCGUGGCUGUCAACGUGCUCCGCCACCAUCUGCGUCUCUACAGCCGACACAGCCACCCCACCACCACUGGGAACUCCGCCGCCGAAACACCUCUUUUCCGAUACGAGCAGCGGCUCAGAUUUCCCGCCCAGCUCGGGAGACACCAGCUACAGCAGCCUACAAAGCAACCUCUCCCUCCAAACACUCCCUUCCGUCCCUUCCCUCCAAAAAGUCUCGCCCGAAACCUUCACCUCAGCAAUCCACCGCCGCCUCGCCGCCCUCAAGCCCCGCCCUCUCCCGGUCGGCUGUCUCGCCGUCCACAACCUCCUCCUUUAUGCGGCCUCCGGCAACGAAAUCAACGUCUUCGAUACAAACAACUAUACGUUGCUCGAUUCGUUUAACGGCAAGGAUUCUUCUUCUGGGUCCGUCAAGUCGAUCAGUUUCUGUAAAGGAAGAGUAUUCACUGCGCAUCAGGACUGUAAAAUCCGGGUCUGGGAAAAAACAGCUGCUAAAAGGCACAAACUCGUCGCUACUCUUCCCACGGCGGCCGACAUUCUCCGACGCUUUAUUUUUCCGAAGAACUAUGUUCAGGUAAGACGACACAAAAAACAGCUUUGGAUCGAACACCAAGACACUGUUUCUGGGCUCGCCGUGAAUGACAAUUUGGUUUGUUCAAUUUCAUGGGACAAGAGCUUGAAGAUCUGGAAAGUGUCCGACUUUCAUUGUACACAGUCGCUAAAAGCUCAUGACGAUGCGAUAAAUGCGGUUGUUGUGUCGGCCGACGGGACAAUCUACACAGGCUCGGCAGAUCGUCGGAUUAAAAUCUGGGGACUAAACAGCGACGGAAAGCACGGGUUGAUAGCUACGUUGGAGAAGCAUAAAUCCGCCGUUAAUGCUCUGGCGCUAAACAACGACGGAUCUAUUUUGUUUUCCGGUGCUUGCGAUCGGUCCAUACUGGUGUGGGAGAGAGAGGACAGUGCGGCUUACAUGGCAGUCGCCGGCGCCCUGAGGGGCCACUCCAAGGCUAUACUCUGCUUAAUCAACGUCUCCGACUUGUUAUUCAGUGGGUCGGCGGACCGGACGGUCAGGAUUUGGCAGCGAAGCCUUGACGGACGGUAUAGUUGUUUGAGUGUUCUAGACGGACACGAAAACCCAGUGAAGUCCUUAGCGGCGAUUGGUGAAUCCGCCCGUGAAGGUUUGAAGGUGUUCAGUGGAAGCUUUGAUGGCGAGAUUAAAGCGUGGCAGAUCGUUCUUUCGAAUCUCAAUAGCCCAUUAUGUUCUAGUCUACAAUUGGAUUAAUGAACCAAGAACAAAUUAAGAGCAAAAUUUUGUAUUAUAUUUAUACACACAUAUAUCUUCUUUUUUUUUUUCGUUGGAAGCAUGAACAAAGAAGAGAAGAAGCCUCACAGAUUUGUUUUUUGGUUACAGAUUUAUACUAAUUAUUGUGUUCUUUUUUCUGAACUUAAUAUAUAUAGCCACUGGAUUUUUGUGAUUCAAAUUUAC